AUGGCAGUGUAUGUGUGUGUGUUUAAUAAAAAUACAUCACAGCUGAUAUUUUUAAUCUCUCCGUGUCUCUUUUCCCUCACAGAUGACUUUCAGCUUGUCAUUCCUGAAAGUGGUAAAAGAGUUAAGAUUAAUUCGGGAUCUACUCUCACUGUGUCAUGUCACUUGUCUCCUGCACUUAGUGCUGUUGACAUGGAGAUUACUUGGUUUAGUGAGAGGUCUUGUAUUUGCACCUAUAAGAACAGAGAGAUGACACCGGGUGUUGACUAUGAGGGCAGAGCGAGUCUGUUCAUUAAUGACCUGAAGAAAGGGAAUGUGUCCUUAAGAGUGGCAGACUUCAGAGAGUCAGAUCUGGGAGUUUACAUGUGCCGGGUCUCCAGUAGAAAUGAAACACAGCAGAUAACAGUAAAUGUGGCAGAAGAAGUCUCUACCAUCUCUAAGGACCAGCGCUUCUUAACAGUGGAUUACAAGGAAGGAAGAAACGAAUUAUCACCACAGGUUGUGCCAUCACAUCAAAACCCUCAAGACAACAGGCUGCCUGGGUUCCUCACAGAGAAUUUUCAGCUUUUUGUUCCCAGUACAUCAGAAGAACCAGAGGUUUCUUUGGGGUCUGAUUUGAUCAUUCCGUGUUACUUGUCUCCUGAAAUCAGUGCGGUUGACCUGGAUAUCAGCUGGUCUACUGAUACAGCUUGUGUUUGCCUGUAUAAGGACUGGCAGGUGACUGAAGGGGUUUUGUUCAAGGACAGAGUGAGUCUGUUCACUCACAAGCUUAGAAAAGGAAAUGUGUCCUUACGACUGAAAAACUUCAGGCUGUCAGAUAUCGGAAAUUACCAUUGUCAGGUCAGCAGUAAAGACAGAAGAGAGAAGGUAACAGUAAGAGUGAGGAUAAAUCCUGGUGUCCAAACUGUGAGUCAGUCACCAAUAUACCAAGAUCGAAAUGUUUCAUCAAGUCAAGUUAUAUCAAUGCUACAUGAGGUAAGAGAACAUAACCUCUUCCUUCACAAUAUUAAUAGUAGUAAAUUAUCUUGUGAUUUCAGUAAUGUUAAACUAGACUUUUUGAAUUUGGUUUUGAAAGAAUCAAAAGACAAACUUUGUGAAUACAGGCCAGACAAUAAUUUCCAGCUGGCUAUUCCUCAAACAGCUCAAGAAGCAAAGAUUUCUGUUGGGUCUGAAAUCAUUGUUCCUUGUCACUUGUCUCCUGAAGUCUGUGCCAUUGCCAUGUAUAUCAAAUGGUUUAAGGAGACAGACUGUGUUUGCAUCUACAAGAAUGGACACGUCAUUAAGGGGAGGAGCUACAAAGACAGAGCAAAUCUUGACACUUAUGAAUUGGGGAGAGGAAAUGUGUCCUUGCAUCUGAAAAGCUUCAGUGUCUCAGAUGUUGGUGAUUACUAUUGUCAGGUCAUCUGUAGAGACACAACAAAACAGAUUACAAUAGGAGUGAGAAUAAAAACUGAAGUCCAACCUGUGAGUCAGUCACCAACAUUUCAAGGCCAAACUAUUCAGCUAAUGCUGUUUGAGCUUGACAAAAUAUGGAUUGAAGAGGAGACAAACAAAAUGGAUAAAUCUGCUCUAAUGGCUGAGAUGAACGUGAACAAUGAGCAGGAGCUUCAGGAUAUGUUGAUUAAGGCUUACAUCGAAAAAGAAAGACGGCUGGAAAGAGCUGAGCAGGAGUUGAGAGAGACCAAAAUGACCUUAAGAGUCAACCCUCAUACUCAAUACUUUGACAGAGACAAAUCUAAUCCCUUUUCAUAACUAAA